UUAGUUCAUUCCCCGCGUACGUAAGGGUGCUUCAUGUUCUAUCCAGGUAUUCUUACGUCCGUGACAUAAGCAGUAAGACGAGGAACAUCAUUUUGCUGUUUUCGGGAAACGAUAUUUUAUAUUAUUUCUUAAUUGCUUAAUAUAAGUUCAUUUAUAUCUAAAUCAUGUCGAAACGUAAAUUGGAUAAUAUGAUAGAAAAUGAGUUCGAUAAACAGUCUGGACAGCCACUUAAAAACUCACUGGACUCUGAUGAAGAUGACGAUGAAACAAACGAGGAUGCCUAUAAUGUCAUGAAUGAAGAUGAAUUUGAAGGCACGGAAGAUGGACCUUCAGUAGCAGAAACAAAUGUGGGAUUUACAGCAUUUAAUAUGAAAGAGGAAUUGGAAGAGGGUCACUUUGAUAAAGACGGUCAUUAUCUUUGGAACAAAGAGAAACAAAUAAGAGAUAACUGGUUGGACAAUAUUGAUUGGAUCCAGGUUAAACCAAGUUCCACGACUGAACGAAAGGAUACUAAAUCGGACGAAGCUCAUGGACUAGGAGACAGUGAUAGUGAUGAAGGAGAUAUUAUGUUUGAUUCUACUCCAUUGUAUAAACAAAUGCUGGAGUAUAUAAAACCGGGUGAAACGGUUUCUAAGGCGUUAUGUAGACUCGGUAAAGGAAAAAAGAAGUUAACCACAGCUGAAAGAUGGAAGAAGAAAAAAGAAUGCAAAACACUCGUGGAGGAAGACCAAAAUUCUGUUAACAUAACAAAAUUGACGGAGUUAGCGAAUGAGCUGUUAACACGUACCGGUAACAUGGAUAUAUAUCAGGAAACCUACGAGCAAAUCACAAAAAAAGUCGAACAGGCCAACAAGCAUGCGCCACCUUCGAAACAAGAAGCAGAACUAGAUAUGUAUGCCGAUGAUUUCGAUGAGAAGGAGAAGGCGAAAUUGGAUGACACUGAUAGCGGAGCCGAUAAGGCAGCGGUGGCAACCAGCGAAGAAAAGUCUUCGCCUUCGGAGGAAGACAUUAUGUGGGAGCUGAAAUGGUCACAGGAUGACGAUGCGGAGAUACACGGGCCUCAUACUAGUCAGCAAAUGCAUGCGUGGGCAAACGAGGGAUAUUUCAAAAAGGGCGCUUGGGUGAGGAGAAGCGGGCAACAGAAUCAAUUUUAUAGUGCAGCCAGGGUAGACUUUGAGCUCUAUCUGUGACACUUCUGCCUGACGCAGAAAGACGCGAGAGAGGGGAUAGAUAUGUCUGUACAAAUUCAUCAAAGGUCACUAUUGAUGUAUUAUGUACACGUAAACCUUUUAAGGGAAUUCGAUACCUAAGUGUAAAAACAAGGCGUUUCUUAAUAAAAUAUGAAAUACGAGGAUACUUCGUUGUAUUGUAAAUAAAGGAAGGGAGAGAGAGAGAUUCGCCGAAAAGAGUGGAAAUAUUCCAGAACUAGCGUAUUUGUGUGAAAAGUUUGGAAAUAUACAAAUGUGGAGAAAAUGAACUCUAAAUUCGUUGAUAUUAUUCUGGUUGGAACUUGCGAUUUAAUUUCAAAGUAAGUUUUACGCAACGGUAAUGAACUCUCGACUAUUGAAGAGGUAUUUCACGAAUAAAGUGCAUGUGAUGCGUUC